AUGGCUCCUGCUACUGGUCCUCACACUGGUAAACAUGCAAAGCCACCACGUUCAAAAACGUUGAAACGCAAGCGCGGGCAGGAAGACCUGUCAUCUCUCAUCCAGCGGGUUGAAGAUCUGGACCUCAAAGAGACCUUCAAAUCCUUCUCCGAUCUCCCUCUAUCCGAACCGACUGCUUCAGGACUUGCUUCGUCGCACUACAAAACAUUGACUGAUAUCCAAUCCCGUGCGAUAAGCCACGCGCUCAAGGGUCGAGACGUUCUGGGCGCCGCGAAGACCGGUAGUGGCAAGACGCUGGCUUUCCUCGUCCCCGUGCUCGAAAAUCUCUACCGCAAGCAAUGGGCUGAGCAUGACGGAUUGGGCGCUUUGAUUUUAUCUCCAACUCGCGAGCUUGCCAUUCAGAUUUUCGAAGUUCUCCGAAAAAUCGGUCGCUACCAUACAUUUUCGGCCGGUCUGGUCAUUGGUGGGAAGAGUUUGAAGGAGGAGCAGGAGAGACUGGGACGGAUGAAUAUUCUGGUGUGUACGCCCGGUCGUAUGCUACAACAUCUGGAUCAGACAGCACUCUUCGACACAUAUAACCUUCAGAUGCUGGUCCUCGAUGAAGCAGAUCGUAUCCUAGAUCUGGGCUUCCAGCAGACUGUGGAUGCCAUUAUCGGCCACCUUCCUAAAGAGCGCCAGACGUUGCUAUUCAGUGCAACUCAAACGAAGAAGGUUUCGGACCUUGCCCGGUUGAGUCUCCAGGAUCCCGAGUACGUGGCUGUCCACGAGACGGCGUCUUCAGCAACGCCAUCUAAACUUCAGCAACAUUACGUGAUUACGCCGCUUCCGCAGAAGCUUGAUACUCUGUGGAGUUUCAUCCGGAGCAAUCUCAAGUCCAAGACCAUGGUGUUUUUGUCUUCGGGGAAACAAGUACGAUUUGUGUACGAAUCCUUCCGACAUAUGCAGCCUGGUAUCCCGUUGAUGCAUCUCCACGGCCGUCAGAAGCAGGGUGGACGAUUGGACAUCGUAACCAGAUUCUCUCAAUCACAGCAUUGCGUUCUCUUCUCUACGGAUGUUGCUGCUCGUGGUUUGGACUUCCCAGCGGUCGACUGGGUCAUCCAGCUUGACUGUCCCGAAGAUGCGGACACUUAUAUCCACCGAGUGGGACGUACAGCGCGGUACGAGCGGGACGGUCGUGCGGUUUUGUUCUUGGAUCCUAGUGAGGAGGAAGGCAUGCUGAAGCGUCUGGAGCAGAAGAAAGUGCCCAUCGAGAAGAUUAACAUCAAGGCAAACAAACAACAGAGUAUCAAGGAUCAGCUACAGAACAUGUGCUUCAAGGAUCCCGAGCUCAAGUAUCUCGGGCAGAAGGCAUUCAUUUCUUAUGUCAAAUCUGUCUAUAUCCAGAAAGACAAGGAGGUUUUUAAACUCAAGGAACUGAAGCUGGAUGAGUUCGCGGCUAGCUUAGGUCUCCCUGGUGCACCCCGGAUCAAAUUCAUCAAGGGAGACGAUACGAAGCAACGGAAAAACGCACCUCGAGCCGCAGCACACCUGUUGAGUGAUGACGACGACUCGGACGAGGAGGAUAGUGAGAAGAAGAGCAAGAAGAAGGAGGAACCACAGGUACGGACCAAAUAUGACCGGAUGUUUGAGCGGCGAAACCAAGACGUGCUGGCGGAGCAUUACUCGAAACUCAUCAAUGACGACGGCACAUUGGUUGCACCCAAUGCCAGUGCCGGGGCGGAUGCGGACGAAGAUGAUGACUUCCUGUCCGUUAAGCGCCGUUUCGACGCUGGUGAUAAGAACCUCGGAUUGUCAAGCGAUGAGGACGAUGAGGGUGAGAAAAGUGACAAGAAGGACGUCAAGGUGGUGCAAAUUGACGGCAGUACACCCCUGGUCAUUGAUUCUAAGCGUCGCGAGAAGCUCCUCAAGUCGAAGAAGAAGUUACUCAAAUUCAAGGGCAAGGGAACCAAACUGGUCUACGACGACGAAGGGAACGCGCACGAGUUGUAUGAGCUGGAAGACGAAGAGCAAUUCAAGGCUCGCGGCGACGCCAAGGAUCAACAGGCCAAGUUCUUGGCAGAGGAGGCGGAGCGCACACGUAUGGCAGACAUGGAGGACAAGGAGAUCGCCAAACAGAAGCGGCGCGAGAAGAAGGAGAAACGCAAGGCCCGCGAGCGCGAGCUCCUUGCCGAAGCGGAGGAAGACGAGAGAUUGGUACAACUACCUCCCUACGAAGGGGACCAGGACGUCGAUGGAGGAUUCUCCGCCUCCGAGGACGAAGCACCACGUCCCAGCAAGAAGGCAAAGGUCAAGUUCACCGAGGCGAACGACAGAGAGGAGGAAGCAGAGCCUUGGUACAAGAAGAGCAAGAAGUCCAGCGACAAAGCAGCCGACGCUUCUGCUCAGAUCCAAACCCUGGAGGAUCUGGAAUCACUCGCCACUGGCUUGCUCGGUUAG